AUGGACCCGGCUGCCUGGUGGGGAAGGAGUGCGCAUGCGCGUUCCGCCGGCUUCCCGCCGGGCGCAGGCGCGGCUCGCUCCGUCCACCGCGCAUGCGCGUCCGUCCGGUCACCUUCCCCGGCGCGCUGCCCGCCGCCCCGCGCUCCGCGCCCUCUCCCCGCGCAUGCGCAUCGCGCGGCCUUCGCCUAUCGCGCCUGCGCGCUGGGGCGCGGCGUGGGCGGAGCCAGCGCCAGCCGGCGGCGGACGCGCAGGCGCAGUAGGAGCACCGGCUUGAGGCGAGGCGCGCCUGAGGCGAAGCGGGGGGGCUCCGCCAUGUACCGGCACGGCCGGGCCGCCGCUGCCGCCGCCGCCCGCCUCCGCCCCGCCGCUCCCCUCCGCGCCUGGCCCCCGGCCGAGGCCGCUGGGGCCGGCCCGGAACCGCCGCGCCGCCGUUACCGAGCACGGCCGCAGGACUUGGAGCCCACCCGGGGCCACGUUUCGGCGCUGCCCCUCCUGCCCCCCGGCCCGCCGCGGUCCCCCCCAGCCCGGCUCCCCGGCACCCCCCGCGCUCGAGCCUUGUCCCCACCGGAGGGGAUGGAAGGUGACAUCACCACGGUGGACGGUCAUCGGGAAGAUGACAUCGCCGUCCGCGAUGGCCCCGCCACCGCCGCCGCCGUCCUCCUCCUCCUGCGACCCCCGUCCCCCUUCCUGGCCCCCGCCGGGCCCCCCCGCCGCCCCCCGCCCAGCAUGGAGGAGCACUUGGCCGUCAUGCACCAGAAGCUGCAGCACGAGCUCCCCAAUUUCUUCCUAAAAAUCCCCGACUACGGCCUCUACUCCCCCGACGUCGAGUUCAUCAACCACCUCCUGCACCUCCACACCCGCGGGCGGCCGAUGUACCAGGUGGCGGUGGCCCUGUGCCGGGCGGUGGCCUGGGGUUACUUUGCCAGCCUGCGGCUGGAGGUGCUGGCGCUCACCCGGCACCCCGAGGACUGGAGCAUCCGGGCGCGCUGGCGCCUGACGGGGCUGCCCCUCCACCUCUGCCUCCUCCGCUUCUAUCGUCGCGACAAGCGCCACCUCCUGCGGUCCUACGACGCCUUCUCCACCUUCUUCCUCAACUCGCAGGGGCUCAUCCGUUGCCACCGCGUGGACAAGCUGAUGCCAGCCCCCACGGCCGUGACCGAGGCCAAGAAGCUGCUGGUGGCGGCGGCGGUGGCG